AUGUCUGGGAGCAAAUACGUAGACUCCGAGGUAGGGCAUGCUUUUGCAAUGUUUCAUUCUUUUCGCGAAGCUGCUUUGCGUUCCUGGCACAGAGUACCUGCUUGCGCCAGCCAUCUCUUGAGUGCUCUUGGCUCGUCCCUUAUCUCCUGUUCUCCACGGUGGAGCCCUUUCCAGAGCUGGAACUGCAAAGCCUGUUUUCAGGGCAAUCGGGGGUUAUUUGUCUGUGUUGUGCUGGUAAUCUGAUCUCCUGGACGGGCACUUGUUUUUUCUCUCCCCCCCCCCCCGCCUCCCUCCGUGCGCCCUUCGCUCCCAGAGAGAGCCUUCCUGCUUAAACCGCUUCCCCCGCAGCAUUUCCAAGGCUGUAGUGGCGCCCACCCAGGCUUAGGGAAAACUCUAGAGUAAGUUGUUGGUUUUUUUCCGGGGGGGGGGGUGUUUUGCAAAUAUGUUCUCUGUCACUGCCCAGUGCAAAGAAAGGACUGGGGUUUCUCUCUCACUCCGCGCCACUCCACCCCGGUCUCGGUUACUUCUCACAAGGCAGGAGAGGGAAUCUACUGGAGAGCGUCUCCAAAGCUAAACUUGUAACGAGUGUGCAAAAGGCAUUUCUUCUUAAGGGGAGCUGCAGUUUGCUAGUCUGGAGAGUGGCGUGGAGUUCGGAUUUUCUGAAAACGAAAGCGGCUCGUCUUCGGGCGACGGCGCAACCCAACCGACUUGCGCCAAGAGCAUUCAGAUUUGAAUGGGUUUCGAGAAAUCUGUGGGUUGUUGUGGGUCAGGUUGGGACAGCACUCUUUCACCUUAACUUUAGAAAGGUCCUUUUAUUUUUAUUUUUAUUUUUUAAAAGGAGGAAGCGGAGUGAGGGACGGCUGUCAAGCAAGCGACUCUUUGAAUGGGUGGCAUUCCAGGGAGGCACGAUUAGAGGGACUUUUAGAGCCCCGUACUAACACUUAUCGCGGAUGAGUUCUGCCUUUAACCGUCUUGCGUCCUCCUCCCCCGUCCAUUCAGAGAUGAAUCCUAACGCUUGUGAGGGUUUACUCCUGAAUGGACCCAAGGAUGAGGUAUUUGUUCUGGAUUAACGGAUCCGGAGUACGAGGGGUGUUAAAUCGUCGUGGCCUCAUUGCAGGAGACGCUUUUUCCCCAUCCAGCCUUCCUCCCAAGGCAAGGAGCGCUCUUCCAUGCCAACAUGUUGGGGUUAUUUAGUCAACGGUGCGGGGAGUUGUCCUCUGUCCCAUUUACAUCCCCGUCUCGUCUCGCCUUUGCCUUCCCUUCUCCUUUUGCUGGGGGCAUUCAGGGGGUGCCCUGGGGUGCUUACUAGGGUGCCCCCAUUUGCCACUGAAAAUGCUGGCCGCUGCUGCGAUCUUAUGCGCUCUUUCUUAUGAGCGGGCCUCCUGGAACUUGCUGUCGAAUGGAAACGCGCGUGGGAUUAGGCUGCGCGGUGGCGCGCCGGUUGGCAGCCAGCGCAAGAGCGCAAAGUACUCCGAUGCGCGUGAAACGCGAGGCGGGCAAGGUGCCAAGUGUCCCAGCUGAUUUGUUGGGGGCAGGGAGUCCCCCCCCCCUUUGCUUUAUUAAGGGAGAGCUCCCUGCAAGAGGAAACUUGGGGAUUCCAAGCUGCGAAUUCUCCAAGCGCGUGAACAGGGGCGCGGCGGCUGCGCCCUCCCCGGCUGCAAACCUGCCCAGUUCUUGCGCGCGCCAGGAGAGGACCCCUGGCGGCGCGAGCGGGAGUCGCGGCUCUGCCUGGUACCGAGGGGUGUGGUGUCAGAUACUUUCUGUCCAUUUAAAAAGCCAGCCUCUGGGGCAUUCGCUGGAUGAAGUUUCCCCAGGCUCCGCGCGCUCUCCCUGACCAGUGCAGCAUAGACAGCCGCUCUCUGAACGUCCGAUGAGCGAGUGGGAUUUUUUGGACGUGCAUCCCCUUCCCAGGACCGCGCCGUUCACUUAGUAGUCGCAUCGGAUUCACUGACCGCUUUCCCACACCCCUCCCUUUCCAGGACUUUCUUUACACAGCGCCCAUCACCAUCAGGGAGCAAGGCAACAUCUACAAGCCCAACAACAAGGUCAUGGCAGAUGAAAUGAACGAGAAGGAGUUCCAUGACGUUCACACCAAAGAGAUUGACCUGGUCGACCGAGACCCCAAGCAUCUCAACGACGAUGUGGUCAAGGUAGGAAGUCCAGAACUUUUCUCAAACCCACAAAAAAAGGGGGGAACCCAUCCGAAUCUGAUCAGAAGACAUGCUGGGCUGUGGGUGGGGGUGGGAGAGAGAAUGAGACUGGUUGGUAUGGGAUGCUUGGAGCAGGACUGGUUUUGGUUUGGAAAAUCAGCCCAAAAAACAGAUGGUGCUGGGGGCUUUUUAAGGAAACAGAUCACAUUUGUGAUUGCUUUUUAGCAAAACACUUUAAUUCUCUGUCCGCUAGAAUGUUUGAGAACUCCACACAGUACCUUUGCAAACUUUUAAUAAAUUAACAGCAUGUUCAGAAAAUCUCAUGAAGGAAGCAUAUCCUGUUUCAGAAAUGGAAGCUUCUUCCUAUUUACUUUCUAACGGAGCCUUCAUUUGAGGCUAUUUACUGGAUUUUUCCAGUGUGGUAGGCUUGAUAAACAUAGUUAUGGAAGAGCUGGGUACAAGCUCCACCCCUUUUCAUGGAGGGAUUAUGUACCUUCUGACAAGUCCCUGCUUUUUAAACUCAGCUGCCCUUCCAUAGCCUCGCAGUAAUGUGAAUGUGAACAUGACAUAGAUUGCAAAGUACCUUUGUAAGUGAAAAACAGGAGCAGCAGCUCUUGCACGAAAGCCAUUUGUUUAGGUCUCUGUAGGAGAAAGGCUGCAAUCCUGUUUACACUUGCCUGGGAAUAAACCCCAUUAGAUACAAUGGCCCUUACUUCUCAAUACACACACAUUGGAUUGCACUCUUGGACUGCGAUCCUAAACACACUUACUAGAGCAGUGUCGGAUUUACAUAUAAGCUAAACAAACUAUAGCUUAGGGCCCCACUCUCUUGGGGGCCCCAAAAAAAUGUAAAGGAAAAAAAAACCUGGGUGUUCAUUUCCAAAAUAUAAGAUAAAAAACAAAUAAAAUAAAACCUACAUACAGUAACAGUGUUUUGUGUUGUGUAGGCUCAUGUGAUGUAAGUAAUGGGCCCCGCCUGCCAGCCUGCUCCCUAAAAUAUCACUGGUUUGCUGAUUUCUAUAUGGCUUUAGAUGCCUAUUAGGUCCAUAAAUUACCAUAUAGCAUCUAUUCGACACAAAAAACAGUGACAAUUUAUUGUUGACGAAGGACAGCUGGACAUAUAAAGGGCCCCAUUACCUUCAGUAGCUUAGGGCCUCAUCAAACUUAAAUCUGGCCCUGUACUACAGACUCAGUCCCAUUGGACUUGCUGGGACUUGCUUCUGGGUAAACCUGCUUGGGACUGCACUUUUGAUCAAUGUUUGCGUUGAUUUCUAGGCAUGACGGAUAAUGUAUAUUAAAAUGACUGUCGCUGUGUCAGCCUAUUAACAUAAGCAGUGCAUUUUGCUCCCAUGCAGGGGUGCCAACUGGAGUAAAAUAUUGACGGUGCACAAACACCAUUUGAAUGGCAAUGCUCAUCAAUUUUGGGGGGGGGCUGACCCCCUAAAAUAUUGUAUUGGGGGAGCCAAAGGGGCUUGGCCCCUAGGAGUUGGCUCCUUUGUUCUCAUGCAUAGCUAGAGUAUUACUUGGUCCCAAAACAUAACUUCUUCAGGUUGCCUGACUAAAUAGGAAAAAAACAUGUUUGUAUAUUUUUCUCAUUAAGUAUCAGGCUGCCCACAAGGGCUUGGCUUCAGAAGGCGGGGCUAGGAGCUUUUUGGGGGUUUUUUAAGGAAGGCCGUAAUUUGCCACUGGAUGCUGAAGAAAGAAGAGAAUAAUAAACCUGCAAUAUUUUGUCAUGUUUUGAUUAUUUAUUUAAUCUGACAACAUUUUUUUUAAAGAAAUGCUUUGGGGGGGAAAUACUAUUGCUUGCAAAAAAAACCCCUACAGGUGGCAAACAUCCCCUUAGAGACACUAUUCCCUUUUCUCGCUCACAUAGAAGGGAAUGUCAGUUCUAAGAUUGUAUUACAGCACACAAAGGCAUAGUCGGAAAAACAAAACAAAAACCCUGUGAACAAUUGCUUACCGUAUACAAAUGUAGGCAGAUUUUGGCUGCAGUCCUAUGCACAUUUACCUGGGAGUGAACCCAGUGGAACUUUCUUCUGAGUAAGCACAGGAUUGUGCUGUUAAUCAGUGAAUCGAUUGAUUAAAACUUACGGAGUAUAUUGUCUGAGAUUGAUUUCUAACAUGUCGCAGCCUCAGGGAAGAUUGGAGGGCUUAACUGGGGUGCAGACUCUCUGGUUUCAUUUUCAUGGUGCUCAAAUCACGCUACUUUGCUCCUCCCUUUGCUAAGCCAGGAAUAAACAAAUCACAGCUCUGGGUUAAUGCUAUGUCUCCCAAAGAAGCCAUGAGCAUCUGCCAUGAACACUGAUUUGUACAUAAUGCUAAGCCAGCACUGUGGUCUGUUGCUUUCCAGCUGCACAAAAGGGAGGAAUAGGGAUGAGCAUAAUUUGAGCAACAAUGGGCCAACCCGCUGCUCAUUCAUGGUAACCUGUAGUUUGUUUCACACGAUGGCUUACCCUGAAGGGCCCAAUGUUAAUGAACUGGGGGAGGGGGUAGAAAUCAUUUAUUCCAUUUCUCAACUUCAGGGGUGAGUAUUAGCAAUUAUGUAGCCAAAAUGGCACCACACCCACUCCACAAUAUAAAGAAAUAAUUUAAAAGCUCGUUGCAAAAACAGGGGGACAAUAAAACCACCCCAAAACAAAAUCAAUGAUGACUGAGUAUGUUCAGGGGUCAUGAAAUGCUGGUUGGAUGUUUAGGUGCGGAACAGAAAACUGGGAGGGUGGGCAAAUGGAAUGGAGUCUCCUGGAAAGGGUAUAGCUGCAUGGCUGGAACCCUGAAACAGGAGAAUUGCACUUUUCAACAUUUUGUUGCAAGCCUCACUUGUGUGCUUAUUCUGUUAUAUGGACCUGACUUUCUACAGAAUCGUUUUUGCAAAAGCAUUGCUUUAUUCACAGAGAAGGGAGCACAAAGACAAUCUGCCUUACCCAAAUGUAGAUAAAAGAGGGGCAGGGCAGGGGAUCCUUUUUCCAAACUAAAAAUGCCAAAAGGAGAAAUCAUUAAGUGAAUUGGAGCAAAGGCCCUUCUGGAUCUCUUGUUAAUUUUGUAAAUGUCACAUUUAUACUAGUCCAAUGUAUCUGGGUCAAUGGAAAAUACUAUCGGGGCCCAUCUAGGUCAGGGAAAAUCAUGGAUGUAAUCCAUUCCUGGCAGAGGCACAUCAUGCUGCAGAUGUGAUGGCCAAAGAUGGUUUGUAGUCCAAGUUUUGCUGAACUUCUGGAAAACAUAUUUCUGCAACUCACUCACUGUAAGCAAUCUGAUGUUGCAGUGCUACAUCAUGAAGCCUCUUGAGUGAGAGAAGAAACCUUUGCAUCUAGGAUGGGGGGACUUGUUCCCAUCCCAGGUGCUGGGUGAUUCUCCAUUUUCUGUCUCAGAUAGAUAUCUGUAAGGUUCCACCUGCCUAGUGGAGGUAUUGUGGAGAAAAAUAGUUUAUUCUGUUGGCGUAGAGGUAGGAAGUAGCUCCUUUCUAUAGGCUGAUUAGCAACAGUAUGUUUGCUUGCAGAACCAGACCUUCCAAGUUUUCUAAGCCCCAUCAUUCAAUCUAAAGUGUUGAAAGGGCCACAGCUCAGUGACAGAAGUCCAUUGACUUACUUCUGAGCAAACUUGCAUAGAACUAGACUCUUGAUAUCUUAGGUUUCUCACUAUUAGGCUACCUUGGCCUGCAAAAAAACUGCAAAAGUUAAAGAAUUGUGCAAAACAAAGCACAAGAAAACAGGUUGAAUAAAUAAUAUAAUCUUUCUCUUUUAGGAAGAGAAAAUAAGUCUGAGAAGGGGAGUGUUUAGGGAGUGAGGAGAAUAACAUAUUUUCUAACUCAUUCUUCAGCAUCAGCUGAGGUUCCCAAAGCAGCAAAACCUUCUGAGGAUUAGUGAUAUGUGCAAGGCUGAAAGGAAUCUAGAUAGCUCUCAACAACAUUACAGAAUGAAAAAAAAAGAUGGAUCCUACUGGGAAUAGGAGGCCAAUCACUGAUGAGGAAAAAGCACAUAUCUUUAAGGAAAUGUUUGCAAGCAUCUCUCAAGGGAGAGAUCAAAGAUGUCAGUUAUAUCCUGCGUCCCAAAGGAAAAUGAGAACAUUGGGAACAACUUCAGAUAGUGGACCCUCUCAGAAACAAAAGAUAUUUUCCCCAACUCAAGAUUCUUAUUUUCAUAAUUUACGUGCAGCAGUUAGUUUGCAGUUACAUAUCCAAACUGCUGCUGUAGGAAAAUGCCCUUUAGGUGGCUGUAAUUGGGAAACAGCAGCAGUAAUGCAGUGCUGAAGCUUUGAAUCCAGCUGAGGUCUGGUCUGUAUGAACAACAGACCAAACGCAGAAGUUGUGUGUGUAUGAAUUGUCCCUGCUCUACAAAACAAAACAAAAACUCAAUCCUGAAUGCAGAAAAUGAGCAUGUCAGGGAAGUGGCUAGACUUCAAACCAUUCUUCCACAAAUUUAAUUUACUUCUUCAUGUAUAUUUGUGGGAAGACUUGCUCAUUCAGAUGUAUGAGCAUCUACCUCUACUCUGAAAUGAAACACUCUUGAAGUAACAACCAAGAGACUAGUGGGACUUUUAAGAUUAGCAAAGCUAUUGUGCCAUAAACGUGUGUGGACUAGAGUCCAUUUCAACAGAUAUGAUGCCUAGGAACAGUUUUACCACAUAAUCUGUUUGUGUUGAAAGUUACAGGGUGGCCAUAUUUCCAAACCUUUAUGGUACUUGGCCUAGAAAUGAAUAAAUCAAGUUCUGUUUUCCAGUGCACAAAGCUAACCCUGAGUUUGUAGCCCUGUUUAUUUGACAUAGGUUCCCUUCACGCCUCUAGCUAGAAAUACGGUACUGAGAACCACAGGGUGGGGAACCAAGGAUGAUAUAAUUGCAACCAGAAGAAUAUCCCUACAGAUAGCCUUAAAUGUAUAAAACGAGUUACUUGUAUUAAACACUAAUAAAAUAAUGCAAUUUUAUUAUAACAUUUGGAAACGAGGACCUAGCACAUGUCAUUUAUCCUGUCGGAUUAACUAGGCAGACCACUAAGACAUGGAAGCAACAAUUCUUUCUUUGUGAGCCACUAGUUACUGUCUUUACAUUUUCCCUUAUAUCACCACAAAGUGAAAGUGCUAGAGACUUGGUGUGUGGGAAAGAGAUAAGCUGAACUAUCAAGAGCUUGGAAUAUUUCUGAGGGGAGCAGGUCCAUACAGGCCUUUCUGUGGCUACUGCCCUGGUUUCCUGGAAUGUGGAGUUCUGGGUAGGCCUAACUUGGUGCAAUUUUUCCCCCCAGGUGUGGCAGAUGUGAGAAUAACUCAUGCUUCAGCAUACCAACAAAAAGAAAGUAAUAUACACAUCACAAAUAUUAUUAUCUCUUAAGGGAGCAGCCUGGCCAGACUGACUGUCAAAUAACGUUUAAGGGGAAGGUAGACAGCUGAUCUCUUGCUUCAAACCACAGCUUCUUUACUCAGGCCUGUCGCAGCAUGGCUCAUGGUAUCCCAUAGCGACUGUCAAUUCUGGGCAUAGCACCAACGUGUAUCAGUAAUUAAGGUCCGACAGUCCUCUUUUUGCUAUGUGGUUCUGGGGUAUUUAUCUCAGUGGAAGCCUGAGGGGAGCCCUUGAAGUGUUAAUAAUAAGGUCACCCUGAAGGUAUAUAUUCAAGAUCCUAGAAAUAGAUCAACCAUCCUCUAAGUGCAGGGCUGGCUCCAGAUUUGAGGGAGCUUUGGAAAUGUGGGCACCCUUUUCAACCACCGGGCCCUUGGCUGCCAUUUUAAAUUUCCCACAAUGCCCCAGAGCAAUGCAGCAUCUGGUUCUGCAGUGAAGUGUAGGAAAUUUAAAAUGGCAGGUGGCUUCCAGGGCCAGCCCAGGUAUCCCAGGGCCAGCAGCUGUUUGAGGAUGACUGGUGUUGAUCCUGACCCUGUGGUCAUACAAACAAGAGUGGUUAAAAACGUGGACGUUUCCAGCUUUCAGUGUUGUGACCUUCAGGUGAAAUGGCAGUUCUAGCGACUGAUAGUAUGGAAAUUAGGAUUAGUCAUUUUUCCAUAUCUGUUAACACAAAAUACAAAAGUGCAACCAGGCUUAAUUGCCAUAAUUUUUUUUAAAAAAAACUAUAUUCAAAGUCUGGUUUUUGCAUGUGUCACACCCCUGCUUUAACUUUGAAUCCUGCUACCCCACUCACGCCCAUUUCUGAGCAUUUUAGCUAUUUGUUCAGAGCUUUUGCAUUUCUUGUCGCUCGCUCCGUGCUGACACCUACACAGUGCCAUAAAAGCAAAGCCAACCACAGAAGACAAAUGAUUAGGCUGGGGACAAGGAAUCUGCUCUGUAAGCAGUUCAUGAAAUGGCUUCAGCAUUUUUUUAAAAAAUGCCUCGUAACUCAUAAAAAGCAGGGGAUGUGCUCCCGCGAUGUGCAUUGCAAGGUGCUACAUAAAAGUCUAUUGCACCUGAGGUUUCAAAGCUGAAGACGAAUAAGCUUCGAGGCAGAGGUGAGAUAUAUACAAGUAAUAGGAAGCCAAACAAGUUUCUGAAAGGAUCGUGCUUCCUUUAGCUUGGUAACCACUGCCAGGGCAAGAUGGGGGCUGUAUCCUCAGGUGAGCCUCCUUCCUGUGUCAGGGGGCCUUAGCUGGCUUACCUGGCUGCACUGGCAGUAUUGGGCAGCUGGCUCUAUCCACUGGCUCUAUCCACCUACAAUUCCUAAGCUGGCUUACCUGGCUGCACUGGCAGUAUUGGGCAGCUGGCUCUAUCCACCUACAAUUCCUAAAGUGAUGCCUACCCAGGGGCAUUGAAGGAAAGAGAAGGAUGGCUAGAUCUAGCUACCUGGCGCUCCACAGACUGCCAGGCUGUAAGAAUGGCCCACCGGCAGUGGACUCUGGCAUGGCUCUGGGGCCCUGGCAGCUGCCCAAAAGUGCCAGGCUGCUAUCUCCUGCCCUGGCCACUUUGAAUUUGGGGGCAUUGCCUGGGUUUUUAGGAGGUUUGGCUUCAUUUCCCCUUGCUCCUCCUCGUGGCUCAUAGAAUAAUAAUAAUAAUAAAUUUUUAUUUAUACCCCACCCUUCCCGUUUCAGAAAACUGGGAUCAGGGCAGCUAACAACAAAUUUAAAACACUUAAUUGAGGCAACAAAAAACAGCAUAAAAUACAGUAUAAAACGUGAAUAACAAUAAAUUCAGAAUACAAAAAAUCAUUUAUUUAUUUUUGCGGGGGGAAUCCAUCCAAUAAACAUUAGAUGAUCACCAGGGCUAGCUGACUAAAUUAGUCCUAUUUGGGCCAGUGAGGAGACCAGGGGAGAAGUAAUUUUCAUAAAAAGGGGAGGGAGAGGGAGGGAAGGAAGGGGAAUAAAAGAUCAGGCUAAGUUCAAAUUGAAAGCCAGGCGAAAUAGUUCUGUCUUACAGGCCCUGCGGAAGGAAGUUAAAUCCUGCAGGGCCCUGGUCUCAUGGGACAGAGCAUUCCACCAGGUCGGAGCCAUCACUGAGAAGGCCCUGGCCCUGGUGGAGGAUAAUCUGACUAUCUGACUUCCUUAGGGCCCAGGACCUCUAAACUAUGAUUAUUCAUGGACCUUAAGGUCUUCUGAGGGGCAUACCAGGAGAGGCAGUCCCAUAAAUAAGCAAAAUAAGUUAGGUGAAAUAAGGUAAACAUGCAAACCUCUCUAUAGGUUGCACAAAGCUUUAGUUCACUAUUUCAGUUACGUUUAGUUCACUAUGUUAUUUUAAUGGGCAGGGGGUGCACAUAUAGGUAUUGUGUCCAGUAUGCACUUCACGGUUAAGUGUAUGGUAUGGAUCUGAUGCUCUCCCAUAUGCAUAUGUAGUUGAAAAUUCUGCCCAUACCAAAGUAAAUAGCAGCUGGGAAGGGUCUUUGAAUAACCUUCUCCCUGACAUGCUGUUUCGCAUAUAUAUAGAAAGAACUCCUGAAACAUGUACACAUAUACACUGCAGUCUGAAGUGGUACAGACUACAGUUUUACCAUCUGAUCAGGCUGUUUCUGAAGACUAAGCCAGACCUGAACAUUUUCUUAAAAAAAAAAAAAAAAGUUAUCCACCGUCAGACAAUUCCAUUAUUAGGACGAACCAAAAUGUUACAAAAUAGUGGGCAAUUUUUUGGUAUCUCUGGAACUUCUGCAGAACUUAAAAUGAUUCAUAGAAUCAUAGAGUUGGAGGAGACCCUAAGGAUCAUCUAGUCCAACCCCCUGCAAUGCAGGAAUAUGCAGCUGUCCCAUACAGGGAUCGAACCUGCAACCUUGCCGUUAUCAGCACCAUGCUCUGUCCAACUGAGCGGCAUUUUGGUUGUUCCUAAGAAUGGAUGUGUGGAAUGGAUGCCCAAUCGUAAAUUUUUGGGGGGAAGGGCAGAUUUUUUUCUUACAAUCCAAUGUAAAUUGCAAUCCUACCCAUACCUAGCCUAUUCAUAAGUAAGCCCUAUUGAGUUCAAUGAACCUACUCCCAAGUAACCGUGGACAGGAAUGCAGCCAUAGUUUCCUUUGCCUUUUUACGUUCCUUACAAAAUCAUAAUAUAUAGUUCCUGGAAGACACUCAAGUUGCUUUAGAAAUCAGCAAAAUAAAUAUUCACUUAUUCUCCUGUUUUGCCCUUUGAUUAUAACCCCCAGUGUCAGUGAAAAGGCUUGAAAUUUGCAUUUUAAAAGCAGAAAUUUAAAACAGGCAUGAUCUGACCCAACACCUGAGGAUGGAGAACUUAAAAAAAAAGAAAAAAGGAAUCGUACAAUAAAAUCACAGCACAGCGCAUAAAGGGUGUGUAUCUGGGGGAUAGGGAGUAACUGCAAAAUCCUUUGCUACUCCAAGACUCUGGUAACAGUGGCUACACAUCCUUACAUGUACAAAGAAUCUGCUAACGCCUGCAGAGUUUAUGUGCACCGUUUAUAUAUAUUAGGAUUUAUGCCAUAGUCUCUCUGCUUUUCCAAUGCUUUCUUGUUCCUUCCCCAAGCACAGCCUCUCCCUACUCCCACACAUGGCCUUUCUCUGAAUCAUUAAAUGUAGCCCCGAACGCUUGUUGCCUCUUCGUAUCCCUAAUCACAGCCAGCUCUAGAUUAUGCCAGCCUCCUAAAACGAUGGGGCAAAGUGAAAGAGGCCCUUGUGUGCGUUCCCUCCGGCAACUCCUACUCACGGUUGCCUGCAACUUGGUGCUUAACUUUGUUUCUGCAUGUUUCGGGUUGUGUUUGUUUUCAUAAACUUAGGCUGCAACCCUGUGUUGUACUUUACAAGGAAGUUAGGUUAGCACACCCUCCAACAUUUCUCCAAAGAAAAUGGGGAUGUCCCAUUCCGUAAUUUUACUAUUUAUACCCCACACAUCUUACUGGGUUGCCCCAGCCACUCUGGGCAGAUUCCAACAUAUAUAAAAACAUAAUAAAACAUUAAACAUUGAAAAACGUCCCUAUACAGGAUUGCCUUCAGACGGCUCGGGGGUCGGAUAACUCCAUACCCUCCAACAUUUCUCCAAUGAAAGUAGGGACAUCCUAAGGAAAAGUGGGACAUUCCUGGAUCAAAUCAGAAACUGGGAUGGCUUCUCUAAAUCAGGGAUGUCCCUGGAAAAUAGGGACACUUGGAGGGUCUGGCUCCAAGCAUUAGGCUCCAAGGUCCACACCAGACUUCACACAUGGAUACCGACGAUCAAAAACAUCAGGCUGUUUCUCAAGUGCAGCUAAUUAUUUGAGCCAUCCACUUAAGCAGCUAUUUCAGCAGUGUGGAAUUCAACUCGCAUCAGGAUUAAACAUAUUCCAGAUUCUUGGUCUGGAGAUCCACAUACCCAAUAGGUAUGUUGGCAUCUGAGAGCGUGGCAUUAUUUGCACAUCUAGGCAGAUUUGGAAUUUGUGUUUAUUUACGAUGGCUUAAAAUGUCCGAAAGCAAAGUGAAACAACAAUUUCUGUCUGUAUAACAGCACUUAUUACAAUUAACCAUUUCCAAUAGGACUUUAGCCCUUGUAGUUUAGCACUGGCUUAUGAUGAUUGCUAUUGCCAUGUUGGAAUUAUGGUUGUUGGGUGUGAGCAGUUGCCCCGGGUGCAAAAGUGUUAGGGGGCACAAAAUUUCAACACCCGGUGCUGCCUUAAUACAACUGCAUGCUUCCAUCGCUGGGUUCUGUUGAAAACAGCUUCCCCAUGCAAACCAGGAAGCAACAUCUCCAGGCAAUGUAGCAACUCUUCUUUUCUUAUCUCUGCAGCUGCGGAUCUCCUGGGUGAUGCAGAUGCCGUAAGGCAAUUGAAUACAUAUGUGUACUCCAUCCGUUUACCUCCCUCCCACCCACCCCCUCUGCUGAGCCCCGGGCACUGGCAACCCACGCUACGCUACUGUUAUUAUUGGUUUCCUCCUGUUUUUAGGGGGAAUGCUUUAAGAAGCCUGUAAGGAUGGCUGAGAAAUAGAACAUAAGCAGAAAUAGUUGAAUUGGAUCCUCUUUCACACUUCCUUGCUUAGUAUAGGGUAUGUGAUAAAAUUGCAGCUUCUCUUCUCAGUAAAAAGCUAAAGGGACCCCUGACCAUUAGGUCCAGUCGUGACUGGGGUUGCGGUGCUCAUCUCGCUUUAUUGGCCGAGGGAGUACCACGCUCUAACCAGCUGAGCUAUCCAGAGUCAGGUUUCCUCCACUUACCACAAGGCCCUGGAGCCUGGACACAUACAGAAAUCAUUUGCACAUCCUCUGUUGGCACUUCUCCAUCACACACAGAGCCAUCACAUCAUGACAGGUUUUGAAGAUUGUUUUCAAAAUCCACCUACAUCUCAGUUUCCCUGUAUCAGGCCUUGGCCUAACACUGACACUGGCUGUGGCCAGUUUCUGGCACAAACAGGCAAGGAUUGGAAAGGCUAGAGACAGGCCAGCCAGACAAAGACCAGAGCACCAGGCACAAGUGCAGAGUGGAGCCAAACAGAAGGCCGAAUUCCAAGAUAGCAGUAGAGGGUUGGACCAGAAGCAGAUGCAGGAAGGUGUCGCCGUUUGAGGCAGUAACUGGGGAAAGGAAAUUGCAUCAGCAGAGUCCACAGCUCGGCAAAUUGACCAGACCGAUUCCAGCCAGGCAAAUGCACUUAAAGAGGGCGUGGAGCAGAGGCAGAGAGGGGAGUGGUGUGAGAAUAGGGGGUGUGGCUUAGGGAGGGGAUGUGGUCUGGAAAGAGUUUCAACAGCUGGACAGGAAAACUUGGAGGAUUACAAUGGCACCCUCCCCGCUCAAGCCUGAUGUCCCCCACAUCUGGUGUAGUUAAUAUGCAUAAGUUGGGGUGCAGCUUACCAUUAUGAGCUCCCUUCCCAUCACUGUGUGCAUUCACUGUACACACAGUUUCCAUUCCAAAAGUGCUUUAGGACAUUGCAUGUGUGCAUGUCAGUUUUCAAGGUUCUCACAUAUAUUUUAAAAAUCAGGUGAUUUACCAAUGUCCAGACAUAGAUUUGGAACUUCAGUUCACAGGUCAUAUUACAAUAUAUUUCUAUUUGUCGUUUUAGCUUUCAUAAAUCCAAGGAUUCCUAAAAUUACCUAAGCUCUGCUGACUCGUUGAUUGAUGCAGAGGCCAGCUCGGUAAUAUCUGUGGGCCGCUUGUUUUACUUUGGCGCCCUGAUAGAAAAGUGAGAAUUUUAUCUAUCUUGGACGUUAAGAAUUGUUCCUCAAGGAAUGAACCAGCGGCAGUGUUGAUUAGGAUCAAGGACUAAUUUUGUUUAUGCCUCGGUUUUUUCAGCAUAAUUGAACCCUUAUGUACUGGUUUUCACUUCACUGCCCAUGCCCAUGAGUCAUACCCCCGUAGGAAAAUGUUUGCUUGCUAUAGCUACGUGUAAACCAUGUGCAUAAAAGUCAAAACAGCAAUUUGUUGGGCAAGGCCAAUGGCCCACCCAGGACAGUCUCCAAAAAUGGCUUGUUGACAUCCAUCUGUCUCAGCAUAUGGUACCCAUAUUUCUGUUCAAGGGGAGUAUAUGCCACACACCCCUUUAGACAUUAUGCCAGAAGCCCAGAAAGUAGGUUGGUGUGCAAGCCGCUCACACAUCUGGUUUUCCCACUACAGCAUAACAUCCAGUUCCAGCUUCAGUAUCGGAUUCUGGAAAGCAACAUUUAAUGCCUGGGCUGUGUCUUGAAUUCCAGCAUGAAAGCACCUGCCACCAGUAUUGGUAAAAUGCAAGACCACUCCUGUAUGCAUGCUUCUGCUCUGAGUAUGCAAGAGGGAAUGGACAAAGAUUGUCAGAGAGUUGUGCUCAGAGUGGAGGCUGCUGGGAAGGUCAGAAGAAUAGGCAUCCCUGAUUGGCUCAGGGAAGUUGCAGCUAUUCCCGCAGAUUCCAGUUUGCUUAUCAUAGAAUUUUCAGCACACGUCGGCAAACUAGAUUGAGGGCAUCCUAUCUAGUCCUAUUCGCUCAACAUGGCAUAUAUAGUCAUUCACUAGUUUCCUUCCCCCUGCUCCUCACUUGCAUGUACAGCCAGUGUGGUGUAGUGGUUAGAGUGUUGGACUGGGACCUGGGAGACCCGUGUUCAAAUCCCCACUCAGCCAUGAAGCUCACUGGGUGACCUUGGGCCAGGCAUUGCCUCUCAGCCUAGCGUAGCUCAGAGGGUUCUUGGGUGGAUUAAAUGAGGAGCGGGAGAACCACGUACACUACCUUGAACUCUUUGGAGAAGACAGGUGGGCUAUAAAUGCAAUAAAUAACUAAAUAAAUGCAGCAAGCCUUCAACCUACACAGGGGUUACGUUCCGGGGAUCACGCCUAAAGCCAAAAUAGAGUAUAGCCAAAACAUAUGGGGUGCAGUGGCAGGUGGGAUUACCAGCCUCCCCUCAGCUUCUGCCCCCUUUUUAAUUUUUAAAAAAUAUUUGCCAAGUCCGUAAAGCUGAAUGUGCACGAGUUCAAUGUGUGUAAGUUGUGGACUUGCUGUGGAUAAAUAAAUAAAUGUUUUCAAAGGACCUUGGCCCUCUUCUCAUAUUCUUUUCCAUGCACUGAUUGAGUGGGAGAGGAGGAAUUUUCCUGCAUAAUGGAAAGAGACAGUGAAGGUCUAUGCGUGUCCAUUGAGGCAGUGGAUGGAAUCUGCUCCCUUUUCAUACAUUCUAUCCAUGCAUGGAGGGGAACAUGCCUAAAGGAAAGUUUUAUGAGCGCUGCAUGUGUGAUCUGGGACCAAUCAAAAAGCAAAGUCACCACUCACAUAAAGUCAUACCUCGGGAUGAAUACACUUCAGCUUAAAUAUUUUUGGGUUGCGCUCUGCAGCGAACUGGAAGCAAUGGAGCACAUUUCUUCCGGGUUUCGCCGCUCGCGCAUGCGCAUGCACAGAGGCUCAAAAUGACGUCACGCGCAUGCGCGGAAGUGGCAAAACGUGACAUGCAGACAUGCAGUCGCGUCUUACGUUCGCUUCAGGAUGCGAACAGGGCUCUGGAACGGAUCCCGUUCGCAUCCAGAGGUACCACUGUAAGUGGUACAGUGGUACCUCUGGUUACGUACUUAAUUUGUUCCGGAGGUCCGUUUGUAACCUGAAACUGUCCUUAGCCUGAAUCACCACUUUAGCUAAUGGGGCCUCCUGCUGCUGCCGUGCCACUGCCGCGCGAUUUCUGUUCUCAUCCUGAAGCAAAGUUCUUAACCCGAGGUACUAUUUCUGGGUUAGCGGAGUCUGUAACCUGAAGCAUAUGUAACCUGAGGUACCACUGUGGAGUCUGUUUGCACACCUGUAAGUCAGGAUAGCAGGUGUGAUCCCAAAUGCAAGCAUCUCUCCAAGGAUUUUGCCAUACAUACCAUGUUACAUUGACUGAGCAUGUGCCUUUCUAGUUUAUGGAUGUUCUGUGAAUGAAAAUGGGUACAGAAACAAUACGUGAGAGAAUUCUGCAUUUGGACUUUAUUUGUGCAUGGCUAAAACAAGAACACAUGAUUGCAUUUUUUGUCCGAUGCCACUGAAACAGAGAUAAACUUGCUAACCUCAAAGUUCUCAGGACCUUCAAUGGACUGCAGUCCCCUCUACCUUCCAGGACAUUUCUGUUAAUGGCUUUAAACCCUAGACCUCACUUGAGAGACUAAUAUCUUGUAGGAUGUAGGGUUCAUGGGUUUCGGAUGAAUUACACGAAGGAUAAAUAUGGCCCAAAGCUUUGUUUAUAUCUAGCGCACUUGCUUAGUUUUCAGCAAAGUGCUGGCUGAUAAGUUCAGCUUCUCAAAAUAGGAAGGAGGAAAGAUUCCAUCACAGCUAAAGGUGAAAGUGCCGCAUUCUUUUUGGUUGGUCUGCGCCUGUCAAAUUCAUAUGCUAGGAUUUAUAAAGGACAGCAACGGAGCUGAAGUUAUAAAUGUCCCUUUAUGCAGCGUGCAUUUCAAGCACAUGCACACAACAAAGAAUCCUGGGAACUGUAGAUCUACAAUUCCCCUCACCCUUAACAAACUACAGUCCCGGGGGGGGGGGGGUUACUUGGAGAGCUUUAAAUGUGUGGUGUGUAGGCAGCCUACGACAAAAUGCAAUUUGGCUGCACAGUUUUUAAGUCAGAUAUUAUGUCCCCUUCUUCGAGUGAAAGAAGAUAUUUACAGUAUUUGCAAAUGAUCAUAAGGGAAGUGCUCUUUGAUGUCUAGCACUCUGAAUAGAGUAAGUCAGUCUUCCACAGCCUAGUUCACUCCAGAGUUUUUUGAUUACAUCUCCCAUCAACCCCAGCCACAUGGCUGCACCUAUGUUGCAGGAUUAUAUACAGUGGUACCUCAGGUUAAGUACUUAAUUCGUUCCGGAGGUCCGUACUUAACCUGAAUUUGUUCUUAAGCUGAAGCACCACUUUAGCUAAUGGGGCCUCCUGCUGCUGCCGCGCCGCCGGAGCACAAUUUCUGUUCUCAUCCUGAAGCAAAGUUCUUAGCCUGAAGCACUAUUUCUGGGUUAGUGGAGUCUGUAACCUGAAGCGUAUGUAACCUGAGGUACCACUGUAUUUAGCUAACUGCUGUACACGCUACUUUAAAUGUGCAGUGUGCAGCUUCAUCAGGUUCCUGACCCCACAUUUAAUACUAAGCAUGAGACUCCAGGAUCCCUCCCCUAGUGUGAUCCCAACAAAAAUUGGCCCCAGUGCAUCCAUUAGCACCAUUUUCAUCGGUAUUGAAGCUGGGGAGGAAAGAGUUAAACUGCACUGCACCCCAAAUAAAAAGCAAAGGCUGCACUUAACUAUUCUUUUAAUAAAAAAAUAAACCUGCUGAAGCUGCAUUCUCUGCAUUUAUCCUAAGGUGUAGGCAAGUCAGCCUUGCCAAAUGAAUGCCCUCCAUCCUGGCUGUGAGUCCUGGAAGACCUGCUCCCUGACUUGCAGGCCUUUUUCCACCUGGCCUGAGGGGUUGGGACCCUGAACGACUCCAGCUAGAAAAGCUGAGGCUGUUGGACAAGAAUCCUGGAUUGGGGUGUCCUUUGGAGGGUUUUGUUCAAUGUGGUUGUGUGCUUCUUGAUAUUUUGUUUAUUUGUUAUUCUGACUACUUUUGCUGGGAUGUAAUUUUUUUAUGUUGUAAGCCGCCUCGAGCAUGGCUUUAACUUUGGAAAGGCGACAUACAAAUGAAACAAUUGGUUGAUAAGUCGGGAUUACAACUCCCAUCAGCUGCAGCUAGCAUUCGCCUUGCUAAAAUACAGUGGUACCUUGGGUUACAUACGCUUCAGGUUACAUACGCUUCAGGUUACAGACUCCACUAACCCAGAAAUAGUGCUUCAGGUUAAGAACUUUGCUUCAGGAUGAGAACAGAAAUCCUGCUCCAGUGGCGCGGCAGCAGCAGGAGGCCCCAUUAGCUAAAGUGGUGCUUCAGGUUAAGAAAAGUUUCAGGUUAAGUACGGACUACCAGAAUGAAUUAAGUACUUAACCCGAGGUACCACUAUACCUGCAUUGUGUGGUUGUGAGACCACACAGAUCCCCUGGAUCUCUGGCUGCUUUUCCCACUGCAGAUGCUUCGGUCCAAAAUCAAUCCCACAUUCUUCUCCUGCACUUGAUACCUUUCGCAGAUAUGUGGGUGUUGACCUGUUGUGGUUCUCCAACUGCAGCGUUCCUUUGAUAAGUUGAAGAUCCGGAUGUCUGCUGGUUAUGUGUAUGUUCCAAAGGAAAGGGGAAAUCUCUGUUCAGAAAAAAAAACCCAAGCUCGUUCCAGUACUUGCUCCACAAUCUCUGUAGCUUUUGGCACCUCGUGGUAAGGCUCUUUGUUUCCUCUCAGUUCAGGAUAAUUUACAAGGUUCUCCAAAUGAUCCUUAAUGGCUUUGUAAUUAUAAUAUAAUCACAGAGCCUAAGAAAAAGCCCCCCAACCCACUUCUCCCCUUUUAAGGAAAGUGAAUCCAUUCUCUGGUGCCAUUCCAAUUUUGAUCUGUCUCCCCUGCCUGCCUGUUCCCUGCAGCAAGACUUCCAUGACUCAUAGCUGUGGUCAUUUUAUGAGCAAUGCAUAUUUGCUCCAAGUGAAUUGUUUCAAAAAGGAAACUGAGCUCUAUGGGAACACGAGUGUGAUAAAAUCUUUCCCUAUUGUAAUAAUCUUAUCUGUUUUCAGCUGUACAGUUUAGAUCAUUAAGCAUGUGAGGAUGCAUUAUUUGCCCUUGAACAUGACAGAUUUUUAUUAUUUCCAGAAACAGCAGCAUCCUCUGAUGGUCCUAUUUAACAAUGAAGUAUUUAAAACACACACAGAGUCAUUCAGAGAAUGGUGGUGAUUAUAAUGGAAGCCAUAGGUAGGAAACGGUUAGCACUGAAUUUUUCCUGGACUACAACUCCCAUCAUCCUUGACCAUUUGCCAUGCUUUCUGGGGCUGAUGGGAGUUAGAGUCCAUCUACCUCUGGAGAGUCGCAUGUUCCCCAUAUCUUAUGUAAAUUUAGAGAUGAAGGCAGCCACCUACAAAUGGUAUGAAUUAAUUCACUGAUAAUCAGAGACCUCAGGGAAACAGGGAUUCCUAAUAUAAUUUAAAUCAGCACUACUUUCUCUGAAGGGACACGGGUGGCACUGCGGGUUAAACCACAGAGCCUAGGGCUUGCCAAUCAGAAGGUCGGCGGUUUGAAUCCCCGUGACAGGGUGAGCUCCCGUUGCUCUUUCCCUGCUCCUGCCCACCUAGCAGUUCGAAAGCACAUCAAAGUGCAAGUAGAUAAAUAGGUACCGCUCCGGCGGGAAGGUGAACAGCAUUUCCGUGCACUGCUCUGGUUCACCAGAAGCGGCUUAGUCAUGUUGGCCACAUGACCCGGAAGCUGUACGCCGGCUCCCUCGGCCAAUAAAGCGAGAUGAGCGCCACAAAUGGUCAGGGGUCUCUUUACCUUUACCUUACUUCCUCUGAAACUAAGAUUAAUCAUGAUGGCAUGGUGGAAGAUAACAUUUUGCAAACAUUUAACAGUGCACUCCAGUACACGUCUACUCAGGAGUAAAGCCCAUUCAGGGCAGAGGGACUUAAUCCCAGGUAUAUAGGAUUGGAGCUUUAAGAAGGAUUAAUUUCCUUCACCCACCCAGAACCCAGGGAGGCUAUUUAUCUUUUCUCCAUCCCACUUACAAGAAGACUAAGGCUCCUCUACUUACUUAGAAAGGGGGAUUGCAGCAGGACUAAACUUGCAUAGCAAGCUUGGUAGUAAUAUCUAGGACCUAACCGCUAGGAGCAAUAGCAGUGUGGUAGAGAGGCAGGAAGCACCCUUUAUCCUUUGGGAUUUUACUUCAGAAAUCCCAGUAAGGUUUGCUACUUAAUUACAUUGCAAAGGCACCACUCUGCAUAUUUUACAAAGGUUUCUAAAUCCCAACACCUUGAAGACUACAGCUGAAUUCAAGACAGCACGACUAAGUGCACCUACACAAGAAUUCCCAGCCUCGAAAGAUUCCUCUCUUCGACAUACCUUCCCUUUUCACUUUAUAAUGCAUAGGCCUGCUGGUCUUCAACAAAAAUUCAAACUUUCCUUAAACUUCUGCAGCUUUCUGGUGGAUCUUUCCCGCCCCAAGAUUCAGAGGCCUUUAUUUUGGCUGCAGUCCUAAACACACUUCUAUGGGAGAAAGUUCUAGUAAGAUCAGAGGGUUUUGCUUCCAAUAAAACAAAUUUAGGAUUGUUCUGCAUAUUUAUUCAUUAAAACACACACACACACAAAAGUCAUUUGAGCAACGGGACCAUAUGCAAAACCAUGCUUUAAUAUUUCUUAUAACAAACGUGAACAAAAGCUGUUGUACAAGUGGCAUUACCAAAUUGAAUGGUAGGAAGCCAACCAGUAUUGAGAUCAGGAAAUGGGUUGUGGAUGAAGACGAGAUGAUCGUACCAUUUAAAAACCUUGACCCCAGGAAAAGGUUUUUAUGGAGUGUUGUUUUUACCUUGGUCAAUUUAGAACGAGGAGAGAGAGAGCUUCAUUUUCUCCACAUUUUCAAGCUAACUACAGUAACUUGAUUUGCACCCUCUGUAUGAAUGCACAAACUGGAACACAUUCGAAUUUCACACUUCUUGAAGUUUUGCAGUACAGUUCUCAGCUUGAAAAAUCACCAAAAUGCAUUCAUAAGAAUCACCAAAAUGCAUUUAUAAGAAUAAAACAUGCUUAGUAAUGCAUGCAUUGAUAUGAAUGUAGAUUUUUAUACAGACUUUACGAAAAAAAGAUCACAGACUAAUACAGAAAUGGGAUGGAAGAGACACAUGAAAAACAGCAUUUCAAAUGAGUUGUGCUCAUUCCGCAACAUUUCCUGGAAGCUACAGAAUCAGCAAAUUCCCCUGUGUACAUGUACUAUUAAGGAACAGGUGUCUGCCUACCUCUGAGCAUGACCAGCAUGCAGCUUUAAGUUUUUAAUAGCUGCUUGGAAAAUUGAUUGGAAAUGGAACCCAAAAACGACCAAGCAAAAGCAUAUGCCAUUUCUCUGGAGUGGUGGUUAAAGAACUAGAUAAGGAAUAGGACUCAGACAUGUUGUUGUUGUUAUUGUUGUUAGAAUUAGAAAUUAGAAUUGCCUUCCACAUAUAUGCCCCAAGGCAAUUAACAGACAUAAUCUUAAAAACGGUCGAAACACCCACACCCACACUACAUGAACUACAUGGUAUAUAAAGAAACUAAGAAUUUAAUAUUUCUGUGCCUGGGAACACAAUACACUAAAGCUUCUUUUUACUACUCUCAUGUCUUUGCCCCAUCCAGCUGUUUUGAUUGAAAUGCUCUGUUCUGCAUUGGAUGGUAGAGAACUGAACUAGAUCAUUGCCUGCAGUUUGACACCACUUAUCUAAAAUGACGCCAAAAACAGUGACCUACCAUAUGCAUUAAGGAUUUGAUGACAGGUCCAUCAAGCUUUCUUCAGCACGGCCAUCAUGGAAUGAUAUCAUGAUGUACAGUAUUGGGGUGAGAGGGGGGACCUGACUAACUGUAUUGGCUUUGUCCCUCUAGAUGAGUUAAGAUGUCAUUACUACAGCAUAAAAUGCUUUGAAAGCAUCCCCAAGAGCCUUCUGCUGACAUUAGAGGAGGCUUUUUGCAGGGCCUCAUCCCAGUGCCUAGUAAUAAUAAUCAACAUUUUUACUGAGGUCAACACAUGAACCUAGAAUGAGUCUUAGCCUACAGUACCCUUUCAUAGGUCCUCAACCCCUCGAAUAUAUCAUCACAGUGACUAAAUUUAUUGCACACAUUUAUUGUGCAGUGUACAAACUGAAUUUUUGUUUUUUUUACAGCUUGCCACUGGCACUAACUCUGCCUUCACACACAUUUGCACACUCUCAUAUACAUGCAACACACACAAUAUUUCAGAAGUGGCCUAACAUAGUGAUGGAUUUGUCUACUAGAUUUGUCGCUGCUACAUGUAGUAGCGUGUAUGGUUCACACCUUCAAGACUAACCACUGUGGACAUCAACCAAGUUUAUGCAGACUUUUGAGUCUUUAUUGUUGAAUCUGCUUAUUGGGGAGAAAUCAGGUUGCAUUCCCACAAAGCCUAUUCAUCAAAUGUCUUGACGUCUGUAAUGCUCAGAAGAAAUAAUUACCGUUCUGUUAGCGAUAGAAUCCUGUUUCAAAAUAACAGGUGGGAUAUCAAGGUUUAUUCUAGAUUGCCAUGUUUGUUGAAAGGUAAGCGAUAAGGGAGGUAAAUAAUUGUCUAGGACAUGUAAGCUGUAUUUGCCACAGAAUUGCUAUUCAGCUCCUUCCGGGGCUGUUUUGGGGAAAUAGGAAGAUCCCCAGCAGAAGCUUUCUGGAACUCUGAGGUGCUGUGAAAAUGCCUUUAGCUCAGAUGGUAGAGCAUGAGACUUUUAAUUUCAGGGUUGUGGGUUCAAGCCCCAUGUUGAGUGAAAGAUUCCUGCAUAGCAGGGGGUCAUUAAUUUUUUACUUUUGUUUUUUUGGCGUGUGUGUGUGUGUGUGUUGGAGCCUCAAUGCAAAGGAGGCAGAAAAGCCUGUGUGUGUUCUCUGAAUCCAUGCACAGUUCAGUGGAUCUGAGCCUUUGUGUUUUCUUUUUCUUGACGUACUUCCCCUAUUUGGUUAUUUUGGCGGCAAGAAAUAUCCUGUGCUGUGGAUUAUAUCAAAAGAUGCGUUCGUGCGAUAUGUGGAUGAGCUAUUUUGUUUCAAGAUGUUUCUGUGAAAUUUCUCGCAGAAAGAAAUGUUAUGACAGACUCUGUGGAUAUUUUGGCAUUUCUGAAAUAUGUACUCCUUUGGAUACCUUUCUUUCGUUGGUUAGAAAAAAGGACUCAAGAACCCCUCAAAUAGAAAGGAAGGGUAGUUCUUCCUAAUGGCCAAACUACAUGUAACUUUCAAGUAAGCUGGACCCUGAAGUUUGAAAGGACCAGAACAAAAGCCAUUUCAUGACAGAAUACACUGGGGCUAUGUACACACCACACCUUUAAAGGACAUGCAAAGCACACAGUUUCCCUCAAAGAAUUCUGGGAACUGUAGUUUACCCCUCACAGAGUUACAGUUCCCAGCAACUCUUAACAUACUACAGUGCCCCAAUUCUUUGAGGGAAAGACUGCGCCUCUAAUGAGCUUCAACAGCAUAGUGUACGCAUGGCCUAGUACUACAAUAAAUGACAUGAACUAUCCAGUGCUUUUUUCUGGGAGGACGCAGGGGGACGCAUACCCCUAAACAUUUUGUAAAUCUAAGUUUGGCCUCAUCGAGGGGCAGUAUUUCAAUAUGAGUAGGAAAAUGAGAGUACUCCUAAACAUUUUUUUUAGAAAAAAAGCACUGGAACUAUCAAAUGCACAUAUACUUUGAACAUUUAUGGCAUGCCACAAGCUGUUUGUAUUGAAUCCAAUACAGCAGGGGUGAGGAAUCUCAGGUCCAGGGGCCAGAUGUGGUCUUCUAGGCUACUUAUUCUGAGUCUUCAAAGUGAAAGAAGUGCCUUGCCGAGUUUAUUUGUCAGAUUUGAUGGCUUGAAUAGGUGCAGGCUUGGUUGUCGCUUUUCGAUUUCCCUUCUGAACUCAUGUCACCUUUUGUUUGCAGAUUGACUUCGAAGACGUGAUUGCCGAACCUGAGGGAACCCAUAGUUUCGAUGGGGUCUGGAAGGCAAGCUUCACCACCUUCACUGUGACAAAAUACUGGUUUUAUCGCUUACUCUCUGCCCUCUUUGGCAUCCCCAUGGCUCUCAUCUGGGGCAUCUACUUUGCCAUUCUGUCCUUCCUCCACAUCUGGGCAGUGGUGCCCUGCAUCAGGAGCUACUUGAUUGAGAUCCAGUGCAUUGGCCGAGUCUAUUCUAUCUGCAUCCACACCUUCUGUGACCCGCUCUACGAGGCUAUUGGCAAAGUGUUCAGCUCUAUCAGAGCAACAGUACGGAAAGAAGCAUAA